AUGUCCACCUUCAAAUCCGUGUCGCACGUGCUGUUUGACCUCGACGGCCUGCUGUUAGACACCGAGAAACUCUACUCGCGCGCUGCGGAGAUGCUUGCAUCUAGCUACGGCAAACAAUUUACCUGGGAGCUUGACAGGCGCGUGCUGGGCACACCAGACUUCGACGCGGCGCGCACGAUCGUCGAAUCCCUUGGCCUGCCGAUCACUCCGAGCGAGUGCAUGGAGAAGCUGAACCAGAUCUGCGGGGAAUAUUACCACGACUGUGACCUAAUGCCUGGCGCUGAACGUCUCCUGCGCCACCUGAAGGCUCACGGUGUUCCCAUGGCUGUCGCGACGAGCACCACGCCUGCUUUGUUCGAUCUCAAGAUGUCACGGCAUCGAGACCUUGUGCCACUCUUUCACCACGUGGUCUGUACCGGCGGAGGAACGAAAGUAAAGCGCGGCAAGCCACACCCAGACAUCUUCCUCCUGGCUGCGUCAAUGUUCGACGAGAAGCCGCCUUCCGAAAAGGUGUAG